AUGGCCUCUCCCAUAGUCGUCUGUGGGCCGGGCAUCGACAUCCGCAACGACUAUCAGCAGCUGAAGCGCCUGGAGAACUGCACGGUGAUCGAGGGCUACCUCCACAUCCUGCUCAUCUCCAAGGCCGAGGACUACCGCAGCUACCGCUUCCCCAAGCUCACGGUCAUCACCGAGUACUUGCUGUUGUUCCGAGUGGCUGGCCUAGAGAGCCUCGGAGACCUGUUCCCCAACCUCACGGUAAUCCGCGGCUGGAAACUCUUCUACAACUACGCCCUGGUCAUCUUUGAGAUGACCAAUCUCAAGGAUAUUGGGCUUUACAACCUGAGGAACAUUACUCGGGGGGCCAUCAGGAUUGAGAAAAAUGCUGACCUCUGUUACCUCUCCACUGUGGACUGGUCCCUGAUCCUGGAUGCAGUGUCCAAUAACUACAUUGUGGGGAAUAAGCCCCCAAAGGAAUGCGGGGACCUGUGUCCGGGGACCAUGGAGGAGAAGCCGAUGUGCGAGAAGACCACCAUCAACAAUGAGUACAACUACCGCUGCUGGACCACAAACCGCUGCCAGAAAAUGUGCCCGAGUGCCUGUGGGAAGAGGGCAUGCACCGAGAACAACGAGUGCUGCCACCCCGAGUGCCUGGGCAGCUGCAGCGCGCCUGACAACGACACGGCCUGUGUAGCUUGCCGCCACUACUACUACGCCGGUGUCUGCGUGCCUGCCUGCCCGCCCAACACCUACAGGUUUGAGGGCUGGCGCUGUGUGGACCGUGACUUCUGCGCCAACAUCCUCAGCGCCGAGAGCAGCGACUCCGAGGGUUUCGUGAUCCACGACGGCGAGUGCAUGCAAGAGUGCCCCUCAGGCUUCAUCCGCAACGGCAGCCAGAGCAUGUACUGCAUCCCUUGUGAAGGUCCUUGCCCCAAGGUCUGUGAGGAAGAAAAGAAAACAAAGACCAUUGAUUCUGUUACUUCUGCUCAGAUGCUCCAAGGAUGCACCAUCUUCAAGGGCAAUUUGCUCAUUAACAUCCGACGGGGGAAUAACAUUGCUUCAGAACUGGAGAACUUCAUGGGGCUCAUCGAGGUGGUGACGGGCUACGUGAAGAUCCGCCAUUCCCAUGCCUUGGUCUCCUUGUCCUUCCUAAAAAACCUUCGCCUCAUCUUAGGAGAGGAGCAGCUAGAAGGGAAUUACUCCUUCUACGUCCUCGACAACCAGAACUUGCAGCAACUAUGGGACUGGGACCACCGCAACCUGACCAUCAAAGCAGGGAAAAUGUACUUUGCUUUCAAUCCCAAAUUGUGUGUUUCGGAAAUUUACCGCAUGGAGGAAGUGACGGGGACUAAAGGGCGCCAAAGCAAAGGGGACAUAAACACCAGGAACAACGGGGAGAGAGCCUCCUGUGAAAGUGACGUCCUGCAUUUCACCUCCACCACCACGUGGAAGAAUCGCAUCAUCAUAACCUGGCACCGGUACCGGCCCCCUGACUACAGGGAUCUCAUCAGCUUCACCGUUUACUACAAGGAAGCACCUUUUAAGAAUGUCACAGAGUAUGAUGGGCAGGAUGCCUGCGGCUCCAACAGCUGGAACAUGGUGGACGUGGACCUCCCGCCCAACAAGGACGUGGAGCCCGGCAUCUUACUGCAUGGACUGAAGCCCUGGACUCAGUACGCCGUUUACGUCAAGGCUGUGACCCUCACCAUGGUGGAGAACGACCAUAUCCGUGGGGCCAAGAGUGAGAUCUUGUACAUUCGCACCAAUGCUUCAGUUCCUUCCAUUCCCUUGGACGUUCUUUCAGCAUCGAACUCCUCUUCUCAGUUAAUCGUGAAGUGGAACCCUCCCUCUCUGCCCAACGGCAACCUGAGUUACUACAUUGUGCGCUGGCAGCGGCAGCCUCAGGACGGCUACCUUUACCGGCACAAUUACUGCUCCAAAGACAAAAUCCCCAUCAGGAAGUAUGCCGACGGCACCAUUGACAUUGAGGAGGUCACAGAGAACCCGAAGACUGAGGUGUGUGGUGGAGAGAAAGGGCCUUGCUGCGCCUGCCCCAAAACUGAAGCUGAGAAGCAGGCCGAGAAGGAGGAGGCUGAGUACCGCAAAGUCUUUGAGAAUUUCCUGCACAACUCCAUCUUUGUGCCCAGACCUGAAAGGAAGCGGAGAGAUGUCAUGCAAGUGGCCAACACCACCAUGUCCAGCCGAAGCAGGAACACCACGGCAGCAGACACCUACAACAUCACAGAUCUGGAAGAGCUAGAGACAGAGUACCCUUUCUUUGAGAGCAGAGUGGAUAAUAAGGAGAGAACUGUCAUUUCUAACCUUCGGCCUUUCACAUUGUACCGCAUUGAUAUCCACAGCUGCAACCACGAGGCUGAGAAACUGGGCUGCAGCGCCUCCAACUUCGUCUUUGCAAGGACUAUGCCUGCAGGUACGGAUCAGCGAGAAUGUGUGUCCAGACAGGAAUACAGGAAGUAUGGAGGGGCCAAGCUAAACCGGCUAAACCCGGGGAACUACACAGCCCGGAUUCAGGCUACAUCUCUCUCUGGGAAUGGGUCGUGGACAGAUCCUGUGUUCUUCUAUGUCCAGGCCAAAACAGGAUAUGAAAACUUCAUCCAUCUGAUCAUCGCUCUGCCCGUCGCUGUCCUGUUGAUCGUGGGAGGGUUGGUGAUCAUGCUGUACGUCUUCCAUAGAAAGAGAAAUAACAGCAGGCUGGGGAAUGGAGUGCUGUACGCGUCUGUGAACCCGGAGUACUUCAGCGCUGCGGAUGUGUACGUUCCUGAUGAGUGGGAGGUGGCUCGGGAGAAGAUCACCAUGAGCCGGGAACUUGGGCAGGGGUCGUUUGGGAUGGUCUAUGAAGGAGUUGCCAAGGGUGUGGUGAAAGACGAACCUGAAACCAGAGUGGCCAUUAAAACAGUGAACGAGGCCGCGAGCAUGCGUGAAAGGAUCGAGUUUCUCAACGAGGCUUCUGUGAUGAAGGAGUUCAAUUGUCAUCAUGUGGUGCGGUUGCUGGGUGUGGUGUCCCAGGGCCAGCCAACGCUGGUCAUCAUGGAACUGAUGACGCGGGGCGAUCUCAAAAGUUACCUCCGGUCUCUGAGGCCAGAAAUGGAGAAUAAUCCAGUCCUAGCACCUCCAAGCCUAAGCAAGAUGAUUCAGAUGGCUGGAGAGAUUGCAGACGGCAUGGCAUACCUCAACGCCAACAAGUUCGUCCACAGAGACCUUGCUGCCCGGAAUUGCAUGGUAGCCGAGGAUUUCACAGUCAAAAUUGGAGAUUUUGGGAUGACGCGAGAUAUCUAUGAGACAGACUAUUACCGGAAAGGAGGGAAAGGGCUGUUGCCCGUGCGCUGGAUGUCUCCCGAGUCCCUCAAGGAUGGAGUCUUCACCACUUACUCGGACGUCUGGUCCUUUGGGGUUGUCCUCUGGGAGAUCGCCACACUGGCCGAGCAGCCCUACCAGGGCUUGUCCAACGAGCAAGUCCUUCGCUUCGUCAUGGAGGGCGGCCUUCUGGACAAGCCAGACAACUGCCCCGACAUGCUGUUUGAAUUGAUGCGCAUGUGCUGGCAGUACAACCCCAAGAUGAGGCCUUCCUUCCUGGAGAUCAUCAGCAGCAUCAAAGACGAGAUGGAGCCUGGCUUCCGGGAGGUCUCCUUCUACUACAGUGAGGAGAACAAGCUGCCCGAGCCGGAGGAGCUGGACCUGGAGCCAGAGAACAUGGAGAGCGUCCCCCUGGACCCCUCGGCCUCCUCGUCCUCCCUGCCACUGCCCGACAGACACUCAGGACACAAGGCCGAGAACGGCCCCGGCCCUGGAGUGCUGGUGCUCCGUGCCAGCUUCGAUGAGAGACAGCCUUACGCACACAUGAACGGUGGCCGCAAGAACGAGCGGGCCUUGCCGCUGCCCCAGUCUUCGACCUGCUGAUCCUUGGAUCCUGAAUCUGUGCAAACAGUAACGUGUGUGCACGCUCAGCGGGGUGGGGGGAGAGAGAAAGUUUUAACAAUCUAUUCACAAGCCUCCUGUACCUCAGUGGAUCUUCAGAACUGCCAUUGCUGCCCGCGGGAGACAGCUUCUCUGCAGUAAACACAUUUGGGAUGUUCCUUUUUUCAAUAUGCAAGCAGCUUUUUAUUCCCUACCCAAACCCUUAACUGACAUGGGCCUUUAAGAACCUUAAUGACAACACUUAAUAGCAACAGAGCACUUGAGAACC